AUGCACGAAGAUAUUUACGUCUUUACUCUAUCAGUGUUAGCAUGCAAGCGAGAGGCAGAGGUCCUGGUGGUCGACAGUCGACACGCGCUGCUGCUGUUAGCCUUCCUGCUUGUGCGUUGUGCGAGGCAGCCAAACCACUUCGAUUCGCUCUCCUUCUCUCUGGCUCCGGUUAUGUCGAAGAUUGGCGUCCGCUUUAUUGCAGGGGAAGUGAAGCAGCUGGACUACGACGGCCAGCAAGUCCUGGCAGACAUCAAAGCCCUGCACGAUAGCGAUGUGAUGCGCUUGAAGUUUGACUACUGCAUCGUUUGCGCCGGAUGCUGCUUCGGCCCCUUCAGCAAGUGGGGAGAGUCGUUAUGGUUCCCAACCAUCCACGAAUCUGCCCGGGAGGAGAGCGAGUGGCGGGAGAUUGACGAACGCUUUCUCGAAGGUCGCAGGCGUCACAUCCUUCAGGAGUUCGAGAGCCUCACCGAGCUGAAUGCCAGGUCAGCCUCAAUCUUAGUCGUGGGUGCCGGCUUCAUCGGCGUCGAGUGGGUGACAGAGUUGCAGCAUUACUUUCGAAACCUGAACCUCAACAUUGUGGAUGUUCUGCCGAACUGUCUCGGACCUCUUCCUCCGUCUGCUGCGGCGUACUGCGCACGCUACAUGACUUCCGUAGGCAUCAAGCAACACUACCGAACGAAGUACGAUCCAAACAGCAUGGACUUCUGGCAGACCAUUGGCAUGCCAGAGAAGGCAGACCGAACUUUCGUGUGCAUUGGCGUCAAAGCUGCCAAUUACUUCAUGCCACCGGAUACACUCAGUGUCACCGGGCCGGGAGGUGGUGGCUGGAUACUGUUCAACCAGAAACUUCAGGUCACCACCCGUCCGCCUCGAGGAGCGCAAGUCGGGGACGUAUGGGCGGGAGGGCGCGUCUUCGCCGUGGGCGACUGCAACUACGGCUGCAUCGGAAAUCCGCCCGACUGGAUCAUGCCGCCCGUUCCCAAGGUCUCCUUCCCGAGCGAAGAGCAGGCGAACCACGCUUGCCGGAAUGUGCGCCUCAUGAAUGUUGAGAAGGCCCUCCGGGACACCUAUUGGCCUUGGGGCGCCGGCCUAUUUGCGACCAGCUUGGGGCCUCGUCCCACGCCGCAAGCAGUGAGUUUUGAUCGAGGGCUUCGGUCCUCAGCCAUUUGCGCUGUGUUGGUGAGUUUGGGAUUUCGAACUGGGUCUACUACGAGCGCUUCAGUGAUGAUUCUAGUUGUGUCGGAGCUUCUUGUGGUUGGGUCCGUGGGUGUAAUGUUUCAGGAAACUGUGGCUAUGUAUGUCCCGCUUGUUGUUUGCUUGUGCAGCGACAGUGGACAAGGACGGCUUCAUGUAAGGUCGAGCUUCCGACAGCCAGACGAUCAAGUGGCUUUAGGAUUGGUAGUCGCGUGGCUCUGCGGGUUUGUCCCAAACAGUCCCGGAAAUCACAAAUGUGAUUUGCAUGUUUGUCGGUUUUAUGGUGGCCCAAGCAUGGCAGGACUUGUUGCACUUACAAGUCCUUCAAUACUUGCCCUUGGACGUUCAGGCUGCGAGAGUCCAGACCAUGGCAUAUACCAUCAUAUGGUGUACUGGUAUGUACCCUGCAUGUAA